UCCUUCUUUUGACAAAUCGCUUCCUCAUGACAUUACACCGGCUUGUUGCGAAAGAGGCAAAUACCCAUCACUGAGGGAGAGGGGACUCACUCUACUGCUCCGAGCCCGAGAGGACUAGAGACUGGAGGAGAAGCGGGGAAACGAAGAGGAGGGGGCUUGGAUCCUUCCUUUAUCUGGAAGCAACGCACCUUCCUCCAAGAACAAAACAGACAGACAGCGAAGUGGAGGGACCUUUGUCACGGCUAUUCUGCAGUGAGCACUGGUAGUAGAAGGAGCCAGGAGGGAAGGAUGGUUAUGGUCUCGCGAACCGGCUUCGGGGCAGCUCUUUUCCUUUGGAUUUUGAGCAGCAUUAGCUGCAGAGCCUGGACAGCUUCUUCUACUUCCCAAAAAUGUGAUGAACAACUUGUCUCAGCAUUGCCCCAUGUUGUCUUCAGCAGUUCAUCUUCCAUGUCCAGCAGCUAUUCUCCAGGCUAUGCCAAACUCAAUAAACGAGGUGGAGCUGGAGGAUGGUCUCCAUCAGACAGUGAUCAUUACCAAUGGCUGCAGGUUGAUUUUGGCAAUAGGAAGCAGAUCAGUGCCAUUGCAACCCAAGGCAGAUAUAGCAGCUCUGACUGGGUGACCCAGUACCGAAUGCUCUACAGUGAUACAGGAAGGAACUGGAAACCAUAUCAUCAAGAUGGGAAUAUCUGGGCAUUUCCAGGAAAUAUAAACUCUGAUGGUGUGGUCCGCCACGAUUUGCAGCAUCCGGUCAUUGCCCGAUAUGUGCGCAUAGUGCCUUUAGACUGGAAUGGAGAAGGUCGGAUAGGGCUAAGAAUUGAAGUCUAUGGCUGUUCUUAUUGGGCCGAUGUUAUCAAUUUUGAUGGCCAUGUUGUAUUACCGUACAGAUUCAAGAAUAAGAAGAUGAAAACUCUGAAAGAUGUCAUUGCUUUGAAAUUUAAAACCUCUGAGAGUGAAGGGGUAAUCUUCCAUGGAGAAGGGCAGCAAGGAGAUUAUAUUACCUUGGAACUGAAAAAAGCCAAAUUGGUUCUCAACUUAAACCUGGGGAGCAACCAAUUUGGUUCCAUAUAUGGCCAUACAUCUGUGAUGACAGGAAGUUUGCUAGAUGAUCACCACUGGCAUUCUGUUAUCAUUGAACGCCAUGGACGGAACAUCAACCUGACUCUGGAUAGGCAUUUGCAACAUUUUCGGACGAAUGGAGAAUUUGAUUAUCUGGACUUGGAUUAUGAGAUAACCUUUGGAGGUCUGCCUUUUUCUGGGAAGCCAAGUUCCAACAGUAGAAAGAAUUUCAAAGGAUGCAUGGAAAGCAUUAACUACAAUGGGAAUAAUAUUACUGAUCUUGCCAAGAGGAAGAAGUUAGAGCCUUCCAAUGUGGGAAAUUUAAGUUUUUCUUGUGUGGAGCCACAUACAGUCCCUGUGUUCUUCAAUGCCACAAGUUACCUGGAGGUACUUGGCCGCCCCAACCAGGAUCUAUUUUCAGUCAGUUUCCAGUUCAGGACAUGGAAUCCCAAUGGCCUUUUGCUCUUCAGCAACUUCGCAGAUGGUUUAGGGAAUGUGGAGAUUGACCUCACUGAGAGCAAAGUUGGUGUCCGUAUCAACGUCACAUUAAACAAAAAGAAUCAAAUCGACAUUUCCUCAGGUUCUGGCCUAAACGAUGGACAAUGGCAUGAAGUUCGUUUCCUAGCCAAGGAAAAUUUUGCUGUUCUCACCAUUGAUGGUGAUGAAGCAUCAGCAGUUCGAACUAACAGUCCCCUUCAAGUUAAAACAGGGGAAAAGUAUUUCUUUGGAGGUUUUCUUACACAGAUGAAUACCUCAGAUCACUCUGUACUUCAGGCUUCAUUCCAAGGGUGUAUGCAGCUCAUCCAAGUGGAUGAUCAGCUGGUCAAUUUACAUGAAAUAGAGCAAAGAAAGCUGGGUAGCUUUGCUAAUGUCAGUAUUGACAUGUGUGCCAUUAUAGACAGAUGUGUGCCCAAUCACUGUGAGCAUGGUGGUAAAUGCUCCCAAACCUGGGACAGCUUCAAGUGCACUUGUGAUGGGACAGGAUACAGCGGGGCCACCUGCCAUAAUUCCAUCUAUGAACUCUCCUGUGAAGCUUAUAAACACCUAGGCAAAACCUCAAAUUUUUACUGGAUCGAUCCUGAUGGCAGUGGGGCUCUGGGACCUCUGAAAGUUUACUGCAACAUGACAGAAGAUAAAGUGUGGUCAACUGUAAAUCAUGACUUGCAGAAGCAGACUCCUGUGGUCGGCUAUAGCCCAGAAAAAUACUCGGUGGUACAGCUCAAUUACAGUGCCUCCAUGGAUCAAAUCACGGCCAUCACCAGCAGCGCAGAGUAUUGUGAGCAGUUUGUCUCCUAUUCUUGCAGGAUGUCAAGGUUGUUGAACACCCCAGAUGGAAGCCCUUAUACCUGGUGGGUUGGGAAAGCCAAUGAAAAGCAUUACUACUGGGGUGGUUCCGGACCUGGAAUUCAGAAAUGUGCGUGUGGCAUUGAACGUAACUGUACUGAUUCGAGAUACUACUGUAACUGUGAUGCUGACCACAAACAGUGGAGAAAGGAUGUUGGCUUGUUAUCUUACAAAGAUCAUUUGCCUGUGAGCCAGGUGGUAGUUGGUGACAUUGACCGACCUGGAUCUGAAGCCAAACUGACCGUGGGCCCCGUACGCUGCCAAGGAGACCGGAACUAUUGGAAUGCUGCCUCAUUCUUUACACCAUCAUCCUACCUUUACUUCUCCACUUUCCAAGGGGAAACAAGUGCUGACAUCUCUUUCUACUUCAAAACUUCAGCUGCUGAUGGAGUGUUUCUGGAGAAUCUGGGGAAUACAGAUUUCAUCAAACUUGAGCUGAAAUCUGCUACAGAAGUGUCCUUCUCCUUUGAUGUUGGAAAUGGGCCAGUGGAGAUUGUUGUUAGGUCUCCCUCUCCACUCAAUGAUGACCAGUGGCACCGGGUCAUUGCUGAGAGAAACGUCAAGCAAGCAAGUCUGCAGGUGGACCAGCUGCCACAGCAAGUGCAAAAGGCACCUACAGAAGGUCACACACGCCUAGAGCUUUACAGUCAGCUGUAUGUGGGUGCUGCAGGAGGCCAGAGGGGAUUUCUAGGUUGUAUUCGCUCCCUCAGGAUGAAUGGGGUAACUCUUGAUUUGGAAGAAAGAGCAAAAGUCACUCUAGGAGUGAAACCUGGGUGCUCAGGCCAUUGCACCAGCUAUGGAAUGUACUGUGAAAAUGGAGGCAAAUGUGUGGAGAAGUACAAUGGUUAUUCCUGUGAUUGCUCCAAGACUGCCUAUGAUGGACCAUUUUGCAUAAAAGAUGUUGGAGCUUUUUUUGAAGAGGGAAUGUGGCUACGGUAUAACUUCCAAGCAGCAGUGGCCAAAGAUGCUGCCAGUCGAAGUGGGAACUCUCCUGACUCUCAGAACGCCACACCAGACCUGGCCAAUGAAGAAGUCUGUUUUAGCUUCAGUACCACCAAAGCUCCCUGCAUCCUCCUCUACGUCAGCUCUCACACCACAGACUUCCUGGCCGUUCUGGUUAAACCUUCUGGAAACUUACAGAUUCGAUACAACCUGGGAGGCACCAGAGAGCCAUAUAAUAUUGAUGUAGACCACCGAAACAUGGCAAAUGGACAGCCUCACAGUGUUAACAUCACCCGUAAUGAAAAGGACAUAAUUCUCCAGCUUGAUCAUUACUCUCCAGUGAGCUACAGCCUGCCAAGUUCAUCUGACACGCUGUUCAAUUCUCCUAAGUCUCUCUUUCUCGGAAAAGUGAUAGAAACAGGGAAGAUUGAUCAAGAAAUACACAAGUACAACACACCAGGAUUCACCGGGUGUCUCUCCAGAGUACAAUUCAACCAAAUUGCUCCUCUCAAGGCAGCCUUGAGACCCACAAACGUCUCUUCUCAAGUCCAUAUUCAAGGGGAGCUGGUGGAGUCCAAUUGUGGAGCGUCCCCGCUGACCAUCCCACCCAUGUCUGCUGCCACUGAUCCUUGGCACUUAGAUUCAGCCAGUGCUGACUUUCCAUAUAAUGCAGGACAAGCUAUAAGAGAUGGAGUUAACAGAAAUUCGGCAAUUAUUGGAGGGGUCAUUGCCGUGGUGAUCUUCACCAUCCUCUGCACCUUAGUGUUCCUCAUUCGCUACAUGUUCCGUCACAAGGGCACCUACCACACCAACGAAGCCAAGGGAGCAGAAUCUGCUGAGAGCGCCGAUGCCGCCAUCAUGAACCACGACCCAAACUUCACGGAGACCAUUGAUGAGAGCAAAAAAGAGUGGCUUAUCUGAGGGAGAGAGCUAGGG